AUGCUGGACCUCUUUUCUGUCCCCGUCUACGUCGUCGUCUUCCGAGAGACCCUCGAGACGGCCAUCAUCGUCUCUGUCCUUCUCGCAUUCCUCAAGCAAACCCUCGAUGGCUCCCAGCGCGAUGCAAACCUCUACAAGGCCCUGCGCGCUCAGGUCUGGCUUGGAACCGCCACCGGCUUCGCCCUCUGCCUCAUCGGCUCAGGCGUGAUCAUCGGCAUCUUUUACAUCCUCGGCACCGACGCUUGGGCUGACCACGAGUACUACUACGAGGGAGUCUUUUCGCUCAUUUCUGCCAUCAUCAUCACCAUCAUGGGUGGUGCGCUGCUGCGCGUGGGAAAGAUGGAGGAGAAGUGGCGAGCAAAGCUGGCCAAGGCGAUUGAAGCACCCGUGACGGCUCAUGGCAAGAGGGCUUGGUUGGUCAACUUUUUUGAGAAGUACGCCAUGUUUGUGUUGCCUUUUAUUACUGUUCUUCGUGAGGGUAUUGAGGGUAUCGUCUUUGUUGCUGGUGUUUCGUUCUCUGCGCCAGCUUCUGCUGUGCCUCUUCCGGUCAUCAUGGGAUUGCUCUCUGGAGGACUUGUGGGAUAUAUUCUCUACAGGGGUGGUUCAUCUGCGAAGCUUCAAGUCUUCCUUGUCGCUUCCACCUGUCUUCUCUACCUCGUCGCUGCAGGCCUCUUCUCCCGUGCCAUCUGGCUAUUUGAGCAGCAGCAGUGGAACAAGGUCGUCGGCGGCGACGCAGCUGAACUCGGAGAUGGGCCUGGCUCAUACGACAUUGACCGAAGCAUUUGGCACGUCAACUGCUGCAAUCCUCAGCUCAACGGCGGAGGCGGCUGGGCCAUCCUCAACGCUGUCCUGGGCUGGAACAACUCGGCCACGUACGGUUCCGUUCUUGCGUACAACUUGUACUGGAUCUUUGUUAUUGGACAGUUCUCGGCCAUGACCUACAAGGAGGAUCACGGACACUGGCCUCUGCUGAAGGGCAAGGGCAAGGACAAGGACAAGGACCAAGAUGAGGAGCGUCUCGUCACUCCCGAGCGAGCCGAGGACUAA